UCACGACUAUGGUGCUGGGUGAUAUCACCAACACCUACCGAAUCAGAUCUGAUGGGCUUAGCCAGAAAGCCAAGCGAGCCGUCGGUGAGAUCGAGCCAAGGACUCCAAGGGCAACAUUGACUCCAAAGACGCCAGAGGCCAAGCGUUGCUUCGCGCGGCUGCCCGAGAGUGAAAAGGCUGCGUGGUCCGAGGCUCGUGCUGAGCAACAGCAACGGAUUGAGGCUCUACUGGAGCAAUUGAGGCCCUGGAGACAUCAAGCUAAGGAGCUCCGUCGUCGGGGUGACGCCACACAGCAACGGAUGGAGGCGAAGUGCCAGGAAAAGAGGGCCCAGAGCCAGGAGGCCGAGCUGCGAAUUUUUGAGCUCCGUGAAGGUGAAGCCUCGCUGACGGCGGAGCUGCAUCAAUUGCUGGAUCAACUGCGCCCCGAGGAUGACCUCCACCGGCGGCUCGGGACUGGCUUGGCCGCUAAGGAGAGCGCCCUGGCAGAGGAUACCUUGACGGUGCAGGAGUUGCUGGACGCGAAGGUUGUCAUGCAGCAGCGAAAUCGCUGUAAGCAAGAGUUCCAUGGAAGGCUUCAGGAGCUUCGGGGCACGGAGCGGCAGCAGCAGCAGGAACGGCAACAGGUCCUGGAAGACAACGUUCCGCGCGCGCGACAGCUCCACAACAGCUACCUGAACCUCAAAGGCAACAUCCGGGUCUUCUGCCGCUUUCGGCCACGGCUUAGACAUGAAGCGGAGGAAGCCAAGGUUGCCUUUCAUGAUGAGCAGAGAAUCAGCCUGCAGUCGGAGAUGCUGAAAAGUGUCACAGGACUGAGUGAGCACUGCAACUCCUACGAUUUCCAUUUCGACCAAGUUUUUGGACCUCAGGCGUGUCAGGCGGAGAUCUUUGAGGAGCUCUCCUUGUUGGUGCAAUCGGCCUUGGAUGGCUACAAGGUGGCCAUCUUCGCGUACGGCCAGACAGGCGGUGGGAAGACCUACACCAUGGACGGUGACCAGGGUAACCGAAGCGGUGACCGAACGAGUGGUGCUGGCGUCAUUCCGCGCAGCGUUGAUCUGAUCUUCCAGGAGGUCGCAGAGUUGCGGAGUAAAGGAUGGGACUUUGAGCUGACCUGCACGCUGCUGGAGGUCUACAACGAGUCAGUAUUUGACCUGCUGGCGCCUCGAGAUGCCAAGGAACGCUCGGCUCAUGGGACUGAUGGCAGACAGGCGGUGGAGCAGUUCACUUUCCGUCGGGUCCAGGAGGCCUCGCAGGUUCAUCGGCUCCUGGCCAAGGCGGCGCGAGAGCGGCACACAGCCUCCACGGCCUGCAACGAUCGCUCCAGUCGCUCGCACGCGCUCUUCCAGUUGGCUUUGCAAGGUUCACAGGCCAACGGCUCGGCCCGCUGCAGUGGUCUGCUGUCCUUCGUGGACCUCGCGGGCUCUGAACGCGUCGUGGCCUCGCAGGUCCAAGGCGAACGGCUGCGCGAGGCCCAGUAUAUCAAUCGCUCUUUAUCUGCAUUGGGAGAUGUGAUAGAAGCUCUGAAACGGAAACCUGGAGGCCACGUGCCGUACCGCAACUCGCGCUUGACAAUGCUGUUGAAGGACUCCUUAGGUGGCGAUGCCAAGGCCUUGAUGUUUGUGAACGUCUCAAUGUGCCUGGGACAGCUGCCAGAGACUCUGUCCUCUUUACGCUUUGCGAGUAAGGUCCAUGCCUGCGAAGUGGGCCUUCCUUCCCGACGAUUUGCGGCCUGAACAUGCCUUAUGUUUUAUCAUUUUCCCAUAGUUUUCUUAUGCUGUGUCAAAGGUCUAUAUACCACCAAAAUCCACCAAAUAGACAAGGUUCUUGAUGGAUGGAGCUCUAAAAUCUAGAGCCGACGUGUUUUUUGUCGCUGCCUCGCAUCGGAGUGAAGGAUUGCCCAAUUUUUCAAAUUGUGGUGAUUGGAUGUGAUCGGUGUUGGUCGC